AUGCAACUAUGUGAAAAAAGCGCACAACCGUCAUCCCCUGCAACGCGUGAGGUAAAGGAGCGGGGAACGGAACAGCGACAAAUCAAGAGCACACCUGACCCACGGGCCCCUGUUACUCGGGCAGAUGGCCAGCCCGGACUCUUGAGUGACCGAGGACUCACCCUGAAGCACCGCACAAGCCGCAAACGAACACUUUGCCAUCAGCGCCCUGGUUCACUGCGAGCACCCCCCCACAAAGGGUGUCACCGGCAGGCACAACAGGGAGAAACCCCGAGCGGCAAAGCAAAGAUCAUCAAUGUGGCCGACCCCCUGCAGCUGCUCCGAGGGCACACCCAAGUCUGCCAUAUCGAGAAGCUGGGAAUCAGCAGAGACCUCUGCGACCGCAUGGCACAAGAAACAGGUAGCACAACAAGGGGCGAAAUACCUCCACUACCCACUGUUCAAGCAGACUUGAUCCUGCGGUCCCGAGGGAGCGAGGUAUGCAAUCACUAG